AUGAAGGCGGAGUCUGCGAUCAACGAUGCUAGCCACUGGCAUCCUUCUCUGAUUGUUAUCGUAAAGAUGAACAAAUUCAGGUUCAGCAGCUGGCUGGGCGCCAGCUCGUCACCCGAUGCCGCAGAGGUUGAGCAGAAGAAGCAAAAUCGCCGAUCAUUCACCCCAUUCAUUACUCGUUCUGCCGCCAAAUCCAAGGACGAUGUCCCCAAUGGAGUGCCGAAUCCCAAGCCCGCGCCUGUCGCCUCAGAGAAGCCUGCUUAUUCGCCGUCGAGGCUAACAGAGCUUGCAAAGAAGAUUGCAUCCGAGACGGAAAAGUUGGAGAGGUAUAUGCAAGAAAACAAUUUGCCAAUGCCCAGCUUGGAUCCCAAUGGCCCGGGCGAUUUUCCAAAGCUCCCCGAAGACAUCCAAAAGAGCCGCAUGGAGAUUAUCUUUGCUACGAGAGAGCUUGAAGCAUUGGCCCACGGCCCGAGAGAGGACGUCCGGUGGAAGACGUGGAGUUAUCAAGACAGUCUGAGUCUUCAGCUUGUCAACCAUUUUGGCAUUGCAAAACUUGUACCUAUAAACGGCACCAUCACACUUGCUGAACUCCAGACCAAGACUUCCCUGGAUCCCGUUAACCUUGCCCGCGUACUGCGUCACGUCAUGACAAAUCGUAUCUUCCGCGAACCAUCCCAUGGUGUGAUUGCUCACACGGCGGCAUCUCGUCUCCUGGCCGAAGACCAAGCGCUUCAGGAUUGGGUAGGCUACAACCUCGAGGACAACUUUCCAGCCUCUGCGCACGUUUUGCAGGCCCUCAAGGCGUAUCCAGAAGCCACGUCCCUCACGCAGACCGGCUUCAACUUUGCAUUCGACACGGUAGACAAAGAACCAAUGUUUGCCACAUUUGGCAAGGAUCCUCUUCGCGCCAAGCGAUUCGGCGGUGCCAUGCUCAGCUUGACGGGUGGAGAGGGUUACGAGAUCAAGCAUCUCGUCGACUCGUACGAUUUCGGUGAAAUCAACGCCAGGGGAGGGACAAUGGUCGAUAUUGGCGGCAGUCAUGGGUUCGUGUCGAUUGACCUGGCAAAGAAGUGGAAGAAUAUGAAGUUUGUGGUGCAGGAUCUUCCCAAGACGGUGGAUUCGGCGCCAAGCCCGUUGUGCGACGACGCUCAAGUUGCAGAGCGCGUCCAGCUUAUGGCGCACGACUUUUUCAAAGAGCAGACUAUCAAGGAUGCCGAUGUCUACUUCUUCCGCUGGAUCAUGCACAACUACUCAACGCCCUACGCCAUUUCCAUCCUCAAGAACCUCGUCCCAGCACUGAAGCCAGGCGCCAAAGUAGUCAUCAAGGACCAAUGCUUGCGCGAGGCGGGACAAGAGACGCCCUGGGACGAGCGCAUCAUCCGCAGCAUGGACAUGGUCAUGCUAGCGGUGCUCAACGCGCAGGAGCGCAACGAGGAUGAGUACCGGGAGCUCUUCAGGGCGGCGGAUGAGCGAUUCGUGUUCAAGGGCGUGAUGAGGCCCAGUGGCUGCAGGAUGAGCAUCAUUGAAGCGGUGUGGGAUCCCGAGGAGGCUGCCAGGAUUGAGGCGGACGUCCAGACGGACGCAGGGUCGGCUGACUCUGCUGUUGUGGUGGAGGUGAAGUAG